GAGCAGAGAGACACACAACGUGCACAAGCUCUCAUUCUGUCUAACGCUCUCUCUGAUCGCCACAGAUGUGUAAGGGGCUCUCCGCCCUCCCUUCAUCAUGCCUGGAGAAGGCGAAGGAGAUGAAGGUGAAGCUAACACACCUGACUGAGAAACCACACAAACACAGAGCCCAUGAGGAAAAAACUCCUCCUGACCUCGAGGCUCUGCUCCACAGCAAGGCGAGUCUGCAGGCGUUCCGCUGGUUCCUGCGCUCGGAGUUCAGCGAGGAGAACCUGGCCUUCUGGCUUGCCUGUGAGGAAUACAAGUCCAUGCCUGAGACCAAACUGUCCUCUAAAGCCCAGAGCAUCUACACUCAGUUCAUCAACCCUGACGCCCCACAGGAGGUGAAUCUGGACAGUGAGACGCGCGAGGCGCUGACGGACAGGAUGGACACGCCAAACGCCAACACGUUUGCCGAAGCUCAGCAGCGCAUCUUUACCCUGAUGGCCAAAGACUCUUUCCCUCGCUUCCUGCGCUCAAACUACUGCGAGCAAACAGUCAGAGGGGCGUGAACCAUGACAUCAUACUCUCUCUUGCGUUUCUGCCAUGUCCAGAAAGCUUGCAAUUAUAAAAGUGUGUUAAUGUAGAUGAUAGUUUGCUUUAACUACGUCUCAAAUCAUAUACUUUUCAUUUAAUAAAUGAUGAACGAUGCAGAACCAAUACUAAAAUUUCUGAAAUUGUGUUCUAUAGGACCCUUAGAGCAAACUGAUUGAGUAAAUUAAGAGUGACCAUUUUGACUUGUAUAAUAAGUACUCGUUCCUGUGGAUUCUGCUUAAUUCUUAAUUACCGCAAAGUAUUAGCAUGCGACUCAAAUUAUUGCUAAUAAAAAAAGAAGAUUAUACUAACUUAAUAAUGUACAAGUCACAGGCAUUUAGUACAUGGUGUGUGAUUUGAGUCGUAGCCGUGUUGUAGAAGUUAUCAUGCAUGUGUAAGUCCCUCCCUGCAUUGGCAUAAAUGGCCUUAAAAUGUAGAAAAUGCUGCAGAGGAAUAAAUAUAUUCAUGAAACUGAA